AGUACAGGUGGUUGGAACUAUCACAGACAAAGGCUAAGAAGACAGAAACAGAGCAGAGAGCUUUAUGGCAUAAUAUGGAAUUUCAAGGGGAAAACACAAUGUCUGACAUCAGCAAGAUGACCAUAAAUCUUCUCUUGCUUGGAAGAACACAGAGUGGGAAAAGUGCAGCAGGAAACACUCUUCUGGGCAGCACAGACUUUGCCAGUUGUCUUUCCCCAUGCUCGGUGACUACAUCUUGUCGCCUAGGCUGCAGCUGUAACAUGUCAGAUUUCGGGCGUCGGCAAGGAAGAGCACUAACUGUGCAAGUCCGUGUGCUGGACACUCCUGGAUAUCCUCACAGCAGCCUGAGCAAAGAGCAGAUACAGCGAGAAGUAAAAGACGCGCUAGCUCAGCACUUUGGAGAGAAAGGUUUGCACUUGGCACUUUUGGUUCUGAGAGCUGAUGUUGUACUGUGUGAAGAAGAAGAGGCUUCCACCAUACAGUGGAUCCAGGAACUCCUUGGGCCUAACUGGAAGACUUACACUGUCAUUCUAUUUACUCAUGCAGACCAGAUUGAAGAGUCACCAUUUACUAUAGAGAAAUAUUUGCUUAGUGCCUCAGACACACUACGUAAAGUAAUGCAGUCAGUACAGCAAAAAUGCAUUUUCAUAGACAAUCAUGCAAGGAUUCUGAAACACGAAAACCUAAAAGCUUUAAGAAAAAUUAUGGAGGUUCUAAAACAAAACAAUUACCAGACCCUUCAAGUGAAAUAAACAAUGCUAUACAUUUAAGUAACUUAUUCUUUCCAAGUUCUGAGAUGCUUGCUGCUUUUAUAAUUCACUCUUCUGAAGGAUUUUUUAAAAUAAAUUCUUUAUUAAGAAACUUUUCUAUUUUUAUUAUUGAAUACAACUAGAUAAGACGAAUAAAGUUGAAACUAUCCUUAAGAGUUAAUACAGUUAGCUAAACACAGAUAGUAUUUAAUAAUAAUAUCCUGAUUAUUAUGUCAGGUAAACAAUGCCAAGAAUGGAGGAAAAUUUCAUGCCUGCUAUCAGCCUUUUUUCAGUUCUGUUGCUUAAUCUUCCAACCAUUGCAUUUUGACAAUAGGCAUAGGAGAAGAUACCAAUUUAGCUAUCUGUUAUUAACCUUUUAAAUUUUAAAUGCCCUAUAUAAUUGGCAGUAGUCCAUAAUGACAGUAAUAUGCCUCUACUCAACAGCAAUCACUGAAUUCACCAAAGCUUCUAAGAAGGAAAGAACAAUUUAAAGGAAAUUAGAAGCAAACACAUUUGGAACUCUUUGGUGCUUUGGGGUCCAUAGCUAUUUUCAGAUCUUAUUGUUUCCUUAAUAUCAGAUUGCAGUAUACCAUUAAAACUACUACUUAUUUUCACACCUGUAUAUCCAGGAUCAAACAUAAAUUUCUUAUGUUCAACUCUCAAGGUGGUUUUAAAAUACCUAUGCUUUGCGUGCUGAUUGGCCUACAUUUCCAGUCAAUGAUUUAUUGAAAAUAUAUUAACACUAGCCCAUAUUGACAUACUGGUAACAUCAGUCUAGCUCUAAAUUAUACUCCUUGAUCUCCUUUGUCUCUGAACUUCCAGUUUGUUUGUGCUGAAGCUGAUUAAUCCAACUUGCCUUGUUUAUUUAUUUAGUACUACAGAGAAUAUGUUUGAGGGGGAUAGAC